AGGAGGUGGCAGUAUUUACAUUUUUAUUCAUACUGCAAGGAAGUGUUCAGACCAACUUGUUAAUCAUCUGGACGUCAACCUUCAGACUCAUUAGCACAGAAGGUAGUGACACAUUAACCUCCACACCUAGGGGAGGCUAAAACAUGUUGGAGAAGCUCCCUAGUGGAGUUCUGUAAAGGUGUAAAUACAGUCGGGCCGAGCUGAAGACAUUACACUGGAAUGGCAAAGCAAGAACUAUCAUGGGAGGACGGUUGCAAAUCACACCUAAAAAUCAUCCUCCUCGGCGGGCGAAACUCGGGGAAAAGCGUUGUGGGCAACCUCCUGCUUGGCAAGGAGGAGUUUGUGACUAGGGAGCGGACCACCUGCUCCAAGAGGCAAGGGGUGAUGGCGGGGCGCUGGAUCUCCGUGGUGGACACACCUGGCUGGUGGUGUGACCUGGGAACACGAGAGACGGCAGAACUAGUAAAGAGAGAGAUCGCCAGCAGUGCACUUUUGUGUUUCGCGGGACCACAUGUGUUCCUGAUUGUCGUCAAGGCGUGUUCGGACUUCUCCGAACAGCGUCGGAGGGCUCUGGAGCAACACGUUGCCCUCCUCGGCGAGGCAGUGUGGCGGCACUGUAUCGUUCUCCUCACUUGCGUGGAUAGGGGAGAGCAUGGAGCGGACGAGAAGACGGACAACAGCGGCCUCCAGUGGCUGGUUGAGAAGUGCGGCCAGAGGCGCCAUCGUCUCACGCUGCCUGGCGACACGGUAGGCGGCCAGGUCACACAGCUGUGUGUCAAAAUACUGAAACUGGCCACCGAGAAUGCGGAUAGACCUUUUGAAAUAGAACCCAGCUGUUUACGUAGGAUCAACCAGAGCAUAAAGAUGGUGGAGGAGAGAGCUCUGCAGAGGUUCCUCAGGACGAGGGAGCAAAGAGCUCAAAUUCAAGAAGGUGUGCGCCCCCUCUCUGACCUCAGACUGGUGGUGCUGGGAGCCACUGGUUCUGGUAAGACCUCCGCGGUCCACGCCCUCCUAGGCCUUAGUGACGCCCAGCGGGAGGGCGCCGGGAGAACGGCGCGGUGCCGGGUCCACCGCAGCGCCCGCGUCCUUGACCGGGACAUGACCGUGGUGGACACGCCCGGCUGGUGGAGGAACUACUACGCCCUGGAGACCUCCGCCUUCGACCGGCGCGAGCUGUCCCGCAGCGUGCGUCUGUGCCCCCCCGGGCCCCACGCGCUCCUCCUGGUGGUCCGCGUGGACCGCGCCUUCACCGAGACCCACCGGAGGGCCGCGCAGGAGCACGUGGAGCUGCUGCUGGGGCCUGCGGCCUGGGGCCACGCCCUCCUGGUGUUCAGCUUCGGCGAUUGGCUGGGGGACACGAGCGUGGAGCGCUUCGUGGAGAGCGAGGGCGAGCCGCUGCGGUGGCUCGUGGACCGCUGCGGCGACAGGUACCACGUGAUGAACAACAAACGCACGGGAGACGCCGGCUUCCAGGUGGCCGAGCUGGUGGGCAAGGUGGAGGCGAUGGUGGCGGCCAACCAGGGCUGUGGUGGCUAUCUCCAAGCCGGAGGCGGUGUGACGGACGAACCCCUCCUCUCGGAGGAGGAGGAGGAGGCGGAGAGGAGGAGGAGGAAGAGGGCGGAGCAGGUGGAAGCCGACCAGAGGCUCCUCCUGAAGAACGAGCAGAGGCAGGCGCUGAGGUCCGAGCUGGAGAAGCUCCCCCCUACCUCCGACUUGAGACUGGUACUGUUGGCCGGCAGAAACACGGGCAGGACCUCCUGUGGAGACACCAUCCUGGGCCGAGGGGGUUUCCACGCCGACGACCGGGCCGCCGCGGGCGCCGAGCGGCACGCCCGCGUGAGAGGCGUGGCCGUGACGGUGGUGGAGCCGCCUCCCCCGCCGCCGUCCUCGCGUGGCCGCGAGCGAGAGGUCCCACGCGGCCUGAGUGCCCUCCUGCUGGUGGUGAACGCCAGCUCCUCCUUCACCUCCUCUCUCCUGGAGGCCCUGGAGGAGCAGGCGAUGGGAGGUGGCAAGGAGAUGCGGUGGAGCAGAGCCAUGGUGCUGUUCAGCCACGGCGACUGGCUGGGGGACACGAGCAUCGAGGAGCGGAUCGAGAGCGAGGGCGAGGCCCUGAGGAGCCUGGUGCAGCGGUGUGGGAACCGCUACCACGUCCUGGACAACCGGCACCGGGGAGACGGGGCCCAGGUCCACCGGCUCCUGGAGCAGGUGGAGGAGAUGCUGCUGGGGGCCAGGCGAGCUCUGCUCCAGAGAGGGGGGGAUUCAAUCAGAAACACUGUGACUCCGGCAGUAAGACACCGACAACAGGGGUUAGCGGUGGGUCAACGUCACAGGAAGAUCCGAGAUUUGGGGUUACCCUGCACCAAUAACUCAUCAGCCCUGGACUGUCCAGCGGAGACCAGCAUGAGUUGUCGUGUGGUCGCACGACCAGAACAGACCAGAUUGGCUCUCAGCAUCUACAUCGACAUGAACGGCCUGGCCUCGCGUACGGCCUGCCCUGACCUCAGAGACGACAAGGUGCCGAGAUGGACCUUGAGGGACAUAUUGGCCGCGAUGGGGAUUCUGCCAAACAGGUCUCGGACCAGUUCUCCACACGACCGCGUGGAGGUACUGAGUGAAGGGCGUGUCUGCGUGUCCCCCCUGAGACGCAGGGGGGCUGAGCCGGCCUCCCCCUCCCACCACCAGAGGGCGCUGACGACAGCGGCGGCGACCGAGGAGGACGCCGUCGCGGCGCGGUCGCCGUGGCAACCCAGAGACGACGCCCUGAGGAAGCUCUUCGCGUCGGGAGACCUGCAGGCCCUGAUCGACCAAUGGGGCAGCAGCAGCCUGGAGGAGCUGGAGGCCUUCGUCGACGCCCACUUCGAGAUGGUGUGGGAGCGGGCCAUGAGCUCGGCGUCGGAGGAUGAUGAUGUCACGGAGAGGGGCGGGGCCACGGGGGAGGAGGGGGCGGAGCAGGACGAAGCCGGGUCCUCCGUGGCGGAGGGGCUGUCCAAGCUGCACCUGCUGGAGGAAAUCCAGAGGGACGUGACGGAGAUGAAGCAGAGCCUGGACAAGUGCUGGAAGGUCAUGCUGGAGCUCCUGGAGGCCCACAGAGGAGGCCAGCGCCCUGCAGAGGAGGACUCACAACGGGCAACACGUGACUGACGCUGUGUGUAUGUCUCUUUAAGAAAAAAUCCAUUCGCGGAACGACUUUCACUUCGACUCGAUUUGUCCACCAGGGGGGGGUGUUGUAUUAGAGAUGUUUGACAGUGGGAUAGCGAAUUUUGUGUUCAGUCUCUUCAGUUCCUCUUUUCAGGGAAGCUGACUCUGCUGAUGUAUUCUAACUAAUCCAUUAUGGCACCCAUUCCACUCCUCCCCCUCCCUAGAAGAGGGACCCCCCACUUUGCGACCCCUCUCAACGUUAAUUAAGUUAAUAUUCUUUCUUGUCCUUUUGGGGGGCUUGGCUUAGGGGGUGUUACACACAUUUAGCCUGUAUAAAGGGUAAUCAGGGCUGGUUUAGGGCAAAUGGAAAGAGCAAUAUAUCACAUUUGAGUACAGGCAACUUAAUAACUGCAACAUUGUUUUACAAAGAUUGUAGCACAUCAAAUCACAAAGAAGAUCAGACAUUAUGUAAAUGAACAUCUUCUUGUGUGUGUGUGUGUGCAGGUGUGCACAUUUGUGUGCACGUGUGCGUGUGCAUGUGUAUUUCCAAGGAGUCAGCAGAACGACCCUGCUGAGAGAGUGACGCUGUUGGGUUGAAACCCUUAUUUUUUCAGCGGUGUGCCUAUUUUUCACUUAGGCAAUUGGCUGAGGCUGGUCUAGAGAGACCGUAACAGUGAACGCCACAACCCGUUGACACGGACGUCACGACAGACACCGACAGGCUCUGCUCAGGGAGACAGAGUCCUCCUUGGUCAAGGGCGACGGAAACCGUGUUACGCCGAAGAUACAUCCCCUUUGGAUAAAAGCUUUCACGAGGAAACAACAAUUUAGAUACCUGCUUGUCUUUGUCCCUCGAAUAAAGAGCAGGAAAUACGUUGUGGUCGCAAUAAAGCCCGUUUGU